AUGGGCACAAGAAUCAUCCUUUUCUUGAACCUUCUCAUUUUCCUUUCAAUCUCAGACUCAUCUCAUCAGGCCAACACUGGUGAUUUCAUCUUCCACGGUUUCAAUAAUGCAGGCACCAAAAUAGCCACAGACGGGGCUGCUCGAGUCGAGCCCAAUGGCAUACUCAAGCUCACAAACGACUCCCCGAGGCUCGUCGGCCAUGCCUUCUACGAAACACCAAUCCAGCUCAAAGAUGGUAAAAGAUCCUUUUCAUUCUCGACAGCUUUCGCUUUUGCCAUAGUCCCAGAAUACAAAAAAUUGGGCGGCCAUGGAUUUGCUUUUACCUUGUCCAAGUCAAGGGACCUGAGUGAGGCCCUUCCGAGUCAGUACCUGGGACUUCUGAAUGAAAACAAUAUGGGAAAUUUCUCGAGCCACAUUUUCGCGGUCGAGUUUGACACGGUCAAGGAUUUAGAGUUGGGGGAUAUAAAUGAUAACCAUGUCGGUAUCGACAUCAACAGCCUAAUCUCAAAUGCUUCUGCUAAAGCCAGCUGCUUCGACCAAAACAUUUCAGAAAAACAAGAGAUCCAUCUGCAGAGUGGGAAGACAAUCCAAGCCUGGAUUGAUUAUGAUGCCAAUAGAAAGGAAAUUAGAGUCACACUUUCACGUUCCUCAUCAAAGCCCGCAUUCACAAUCCUUUCCUAUCCGGUCGAACUUUCGCCGAUUCUAAAAGAGUAUAUGUACGUGGGCUUCUCUGCCUCGACCGGUUUACUCGCUAGCUCUCAUUAUGUCUCAGGAUGGAGUUUCAAGACAAAUGGCCAAGCACCGUCUUUGGACCUCUCCCUCUGCCCCUCCAUUCCCGGCCCGAACAAGAACCGCCUGCCCAUAACCGUAGUUGCAUUUUUACUAGCUGCCGGUCUUUUGGCUUUUACAGUCGGGUUCUCUUUCUACGUGGCCGGAAAAAUCAACAACCGGGAUGUGGUCGAACCGUGGGAGCUCGACGUGGGCCCACAUCGAUUUUCCUACAGAGAACUUAAACAGGCGACCGGAGGCUUCUCGGACAACAAUCUUCUUGGGUCUGGAGGUUUUGGGAAGGUUUACAGAGGUACAUUGCCCGACUUUAAAGUCCAAAUCGCGGUCAAACGAAUAAGCCACGAGUCAAAGCAAGGGCUCAGGGAGUUUGUGACCGAGAUCGAGAGCAUCGGGCGGCUGAGGCACCGGAAUCUAGUCUCUCUUCGGGGUUGGUGCAGGCGCAAAACCGACCUGUUGCUCGUGUACGACCUCAUGCCCAAUGGGAGCCUGGAUAAAUACAUCCGGGAUGACCCUGGGAUUGUCCUGAGCUGGCAGCAGAGGGUGAAGAUUGUGAAGGAUGUGGCGAACGGGCUCCUGUACCUGCACGAGGAGUGGGAACGGGCCGUGAUCCACCGAGACGUGAAAUCGGGGAACGUGCUGCUCGACUCGGGCAUGAACGCACGGCUCGGGGACUUUGGGCUUGCAAAGCUGCACGAGCACGGGUCGGGCCCGGACACGACACGGGUGGUGGGAACGCUAGGGUACGUGGCCCCCGAGCUGACGAGGAGCAGGAAGCCUAGCUGGCGGUCGGACGUGUUUGCGUAUGGGGCGGUGGUGCUGGAGGUGGUGUGUGGGAGGAGGCCGGUGGAGGUGAGGGCGGGACCAGAGGAGUUGGUGCUUGUGGAUUGGGUGUGGGACAAGUGGAGGGAAGGGCGGGUGAUGGAGGUGGUGGACCAGAGGUUGGGAGGGAUGUUUGACCGAGCCCAGGCUGUGGAGGUGAUCAGGCUUGGGCUUUUGUGUUCGGACGACGAGCCCCAGAAGAGGCCGAGGAUGAGAGAGGUGGUGAGGGUCUUGGAAGUGGAGUUGACGGUGGCCCAGACUUUGGGGGAAUGUGGUCCUGAUGUACUUACAAACACACCCUAA